AUGCACUAGAAAACAUUAAUUAAUCAAUAAAAGCUUUAAAGCUUUCGCCAAGAGUAUGCUGAGAAUAAAGUUAUAAACAGAAAUGAUUAUUUAACUUAUAAUGAGUUCAAUAUAUCAGAGGAUUAGUUAUACUAUAGCGAUUAAAAGCAUUUUAAAAAUUAAAAAACAUAAACUUUACAUGCAGUAAAUCAAUAAAUUUAAUAAAAAUUAAAAGUAAAAAACUACAUAGUAAGCUAAAUACUUUAUUAAUCAGAAGAAUAAAAUAUUUUUGGUGGUUUUUAGAUUAACUCAGAUCAGUAAAAAUAAGAAUUUAUUUUCUAAGAAAUUAAACCCUCUUAAAUAUAGUGUGUCCAUAGAGAUUCUGCUAUUAUUUUUUUGGAAAAAUAACUAAGUCUCAAACAAGUAGAAAAAAUUAAGAUUGAAGAAAAUCAAAUAAUCGUCUUUAAUAAAUGUGAUAUUUAAUUAAUACUGGAUAUACCUAAACAAGUUUGGAAUAAAUAAUGGUUUGAGGUAUUGAAUGAAAAUAUUCGUUUUCCAAAAAUAAAAAGUUAGCUAUAAAAUAUUUUAAGCUAACUGGAAUAGAAGAAUUAUUAUCUUUGUCAGUAUAUAGCAAAUGGAGGAGAAGGAGUUGUUUUCAAAGGAUAUCAAGUUAAAGAUGGUAAAUAUGUGAAUUUGGCUUUCAAAAUUUAUAAUUUAGGAGAUACAAAAGAUGAAAAAGAGAUUGAAGAGGAGAUAAAUAUUAUGAGUAUAUUUGAGAAAACAAUAAAUGUAGUUUAAAUAUUUGAUUUCAUUAAAAUUUCUUAAAAAGUAUAUAUCCUCGUUUUCGAAUUAUGCCAUAAAAGUUUAAAAGAUGAAUUAAAUCAAAUAGAAUAAGGUGAAUUUUCCUUAUUUAAAUUGCUGAAAAUUAUUUUUGAUUUAAUUGAUGGAUUAAUAGAGCUAAGAAUUUAUAAUAUUUUACAUCUUGAUAUUAAACCUGAUAACAUAUUAAUUAAUAGUGAUGGCAACUAUGUUUAUGCUGAUUUUGGUCUCUCAUCACUGAAAACAAAUAAAGAAUAAUAGUAUAUUAAAGGAUAUUCCAAAUCUUAUUCUCCUAGUGAAAUAAUGAAAUUGGAAAACGAUUUAAUUGAUUUUAAAUCUGAUGUCUAUUCCUAUGGAUAAACUCUGUUAUAUAUAAUAAAAAUUUUUUUAAAAAGUUGUCAUGCUUCUGAUAAAAUAAUAGCUGAAAGCAUUGAAAACAUUCUUCGAUGUCAUGUUGUUUAAGAAAAUAUAAAUUAGAGAUUAGAUUGUUUUGAAUUACACACAAAGUUCUUAGAUUUUUUAUUUAAAGUUAAUUGUAAGCCAUUUUUGGAAUAAUAUUUAAAUAAAAUUCCAAAAAUCUUAAAAUUAUCUCCUUACGAUAAAAAUAAAGAUUCAAAAUUUUUUCUAAAAAUAGAACUAUAUUUCCACACCAACAUUUUAAACUUGUAAAAGUAUUUAUAUGAAGGAAACAAUGCUGAUAUUGCUAGAACUUUGAAUAAUGUUGGACUAUGCUACAAAAACCUCGGAGAUAACAAGAGAUCAAUGUUAUAUUUGUAGGAAUCUCUUGAAAUGAGGAGAUAAAUUUACAGCAAAAACCACCCUGAAUUAGCUAGAUCAUAUAAUAAUGUUGGGAUAUGCUAUUAAAACCUAGAAAAUAAUGAUAAAGCUUUAAUUUAUCUUAAAAAAUCUCUGAAAAUGAGAAAUUAAAUAAUUUAGGGAAAUCAUUCAGAUGUAGCCAAAUCUUUAAAUAAUUUAGCUUUAUGUUAUAUAAAUAAGAAAUAAUAUGAUAAAGCUUUAAAGAAGUUGGAGAAAUCACUAGAAAUUAAAAAAAAAGAUCACAUAGAAUAGCAUCCCUGUGUUGCAACUACUCUAAAUAACAUAGGUACCUGUCAUUUUAAACUGAAAGAUUAUGAAAAAGCUCUAGAAAACUAGUAAAAAUCUUUAAAUAUCUAUAAAAUAGCAUAUAAACAAAAUUCGAAUCAUGUAGAUAUAGCAAACACUCUAAAUAAUGUAGGAUUAUGUUAUUUAAAUAGUGGCAAAAUAGAUCAAGCCUUAAUAAACUUUGAAGAGUCUCUUAAUAUUUAUUAAAAAGUUUAUUAAAAUAAUCAUACUUAAAUAGCAAUUCUUCUAUAUAAUAUUAGUUUAUGCUAUAAGGCAACAGCCAAUCAAAAUGAGCAAAUAAAUAACCUAGAUAAGAGUUUCAAUAACAUUUAGUAAAAAGUAUAUAAUAAAUAAACUGCCGUUUUAUAUAAUGAUAUUGGGUUAUGUUUUUUCGAUUUAGGGUUACAGAAUUAAUAGAAGGAACACUUUAGCAAAUCUUUGUUAUGCUUCAUAAAAUCCUUAGAAAUAGUUUAAAAAGUAAUUUAAAACGAUGUUUCCUUAAAAAACACUUGCUUGAAUAAUAUUUAUUAAGUAAAUUUGAAAAUCUCAUGA